UUCCUUCCUGUCAGGGGCGGAAGUGGUGCGGAGGAGCAGGGCGAGUCGCUGCCGAGGCGGCGGAGGGUCCCUCCUUCCGCCCGUUCCGGAGGGAAGCCGGAGCCGGGCCGGGGCCUGGCCUGCGGCGGCACCAUGGCGGAGCCCAGGGAGGCCGGCGCCGAGGCACCACCGGGGCCCAGCGGGCUGAGCGUCCUCCCGGGAGAGGCGGCCGAGGAGCCGGCGCCGCAGGGAUCGGUGUUACUUCUGGGAGGCAGCGAAGUGAAGAGUAGGGCUGUGGUGAAGUAUUCAUCUGCCCCUCCCCGCACUGCUUUUGCCCGCCUUGAGGAGAAAACGGACCUAAAGCUUCCGCCUGCCAACUGGCUACGGGAAAGUGCCAAACUUGGCCCAGCGGGAACCACCAUUCUAGGCAACAGUAAGAGGAGCAAACCCUUUUCCAGUUUUGGUAUGGCGUAUGACUUCAUUGACUCUGUUGGAAAUGACGUGGACGUGGUAUCUGAUUCAGAAAACAUAAAAAAGCUGCUGAAGAUCCCCUAUAGUAAGUCCCAUGUGAGCAUGGCUGUCCAUCGCAUUGGAAGGACUCUGCUUCUGGAUGAGCUCGAUAUUCAGGAACUCUUCAUGAGAUCAUCCCAGACAGGAGACUGGACGUGGCUCAAGGAGUUCUACCAGCGGCUCAUCGAUCAGAAGUGGCAGAGGAAGAAGAAGAGCAAAGAGCAUUGGUACCAGAAGGCGAUUCUUUCCAAGUUCUUAUAUUACAGCAUUAAUGGCGAUGGUGCCGCUCAGCCUGUCCCCUCUGCGGCAGAGCCAAGAGCCCCUCCCAGCCCAAAUCAGACACACAACGACACAGAAGGGGCUUCCUGGCCUGCCCCUUUUGAGAUGCCGGCCUCUGUUUCUGAUGAUCCAAGUGCGUCUAAUCAGGGAAGUGAGCCUCUUGAACCCUCAUAUAUAGUGGGGCAUGUGACCUCAGCCCCAAAAGAACAAAACCUGACUACUUUAUUCAAUGACGGUGAGAACAGUCAGGGUCUUAAAAAUGACUUUGUUCGGAAUAUCUUGUGGACCUUUGAAGACAUACAUAUGUUGGUGGGCUCAAACAUGCCCAUAUUUGGGGGAGGACGAUAUCCUGCCGUUAGCUUGCGCCUCAGGGAUAACAACAAACCGAUUAAUGUGCUGACUGGAAUUGAUUAUUGGCUGGACAACUUGAUCUGCAAUGUGCCCGAGCUGGUGAUGUGCUUUCAUGUGAAUGGAAUCGUACAGAAAUAUGAAAUGAUCAAGACAGAAGAGAUUCCCAAUUUGGAAAACUCCAAUUUUUCUACUAAAGUGAUAAAAGAUAUUGCCCAGAAUAUUUUGUCAUUCCUGAAAUCCAAUUGCACCAAAGAAGGGCACACCUACUGGCUGUUUAAAGCCAGCGGCAGUGACAUCGUCAAGCUGUAUGACCUCACCACCCUUUGUGAAGAAACUGAGGACAAAUACCAGAACCCCUUCACGGUACCUGUGGCCAUUCUCCUGUACAAGGUUGCUUGCAACAUGAUGAUGAAGAAAAAUCAAAAUAAGAAACACUAUGGAACAAUCAGAACAUUGCUUCUUAAUUGUCUGAAAUUACUGGACAAGGGAAGACACCCUCAAAUUAUUGCUUCGGCCAAUUAUAUGCUCUCCGAGCUCUUUCAGUUGGAUGAACCGAAAAAGGAAGAAAGUUCAGAGUCUCCUUUAAAUGAGAACUCUGAGGAAAGUUACAGCGAGGACGAGGAGGAGAUGCCGGACAGCGACGAGAAUGGGUCCUAUGGCACCAGCUCUGACCCCCCUGACGACCAGAAGGCCGUGGCCGUGAUUAAGUCUGUGGGAGAGCUGUCCGUGCCCGAGAAAUACAAAUCCAUUCAUCAAAUCCGACCCAGUUGUGCGUUCCCUGUUUGUCACGACACCGAAGAGCGCUGCAGGCUUGUGCUCAGCUAUGUUCUAGAGGGUCUAAAAUCUGUGGAUGGCAGCAUCAAAAAAGAAAGUGACCUUCCUGCUGCUGACCCUAACACCCCGAUCCCAUUAAAAUAUGAAGAUGAAUCGACCAGUGGUGGUCCCGAGUGUCUGGAAAAGCAGAUGGCCUUGUUUUUAGAUAAAAUGGGCUCCCUCCAGGAAGGCCACUGUGCCAGUCAGUCUGGAAUGACCCCAGGUUCUUGGCAACAUAAAAUGAAACUGCAGCUAAUCCUCAAGUCGUCCAAGGCCUACUACAUCCUGUCGGAUGCUGCAAUGAGCCUCCGGAAGUACGGACGGGCCCUGCGCUACAUUAAGCUGGCCUUGCAGAGCCAUGAUACUUAUUGCUGCCUCUGCACCAAUAUGCUUUCUGAAGUCCUCCUGUUUCUUUCUCAGUAUUUGACUCUUUGUGGUGAUAUCCAGUUAAUGCUUGCCCAGAAUGCAAAUAACAGAGCUGCGUACCUGGAGGAGUUUAAUUAUCAGACCAAGGAGGACCAAGAGAUCCUGCACAGCCUGCACCGGGAGUCCAGCUGCCAAGGUUUUGCUUGGGCAACUGACCUGUCGACAGACUUAGAAUGCCAGCUUUCAGUUAGCUGCAAGUGCUAUGAGGCUGCUAAUGAAAUUUUGCUGUUUAGUGACUUAAAAAGCCAAAACCCCGAGCACUACGUCCAAGUGCUGAAGAGAAUGGGAAACAUUCGCAACGAAAUUGGCGUCUUCUACAUGAAUCAGGCUGCCGCUAUCCAGACAGAGAGAGUGGUGAGCAAAAGUGUGUCAGCAGCAGAGCAACAGUUGUGGAAGAAAAGCUUCUCUUGUUUUGAAAAGGGAAUUCACAACUUUGAGUCGAUCGAUGAUGCCACUAACGCCGCGCUCUUACUUUGCAACACGGGCAGACUCAUGCGCAUCUGCGCCCAGGCCCAUGGUGCCGCAGCCGCGGCAGCCGGCGGUGAGGAGGCCAGGAGGGAGUUCUCUCCUGAAGAGGCGCUGUACUAUAAUAAGGCUAUCGAUUACUACUUGAAGGCCCUGCGGUCGUUAGGUACAAGAGACGUGCACCCCGCCGUGUGGGACUCGGUCAAUUGGGAGCUGUCCACCACUUACUUCACCAUGGCGACCCUCCAGCAGGACUAUGCCCCGCUGUCCAGAAAGGCUCAGGAGCAGGUUGAGAAGGAAGUUAGUGAAGCGAUGAUGAAAUCCCUCAAAUACUGCGAUGUCGACACCACAUCAGCCCGACAACCACUCUGCCAGUACCGGGCCGCGACGAUCCAUCACCGGCUGGCGUCCAUGUACCACAGCUGUCUGAGGAACCAGGUUGGGGAUGAGCACCUUCGGAAGCAGCACCGGGUCUUGGCUGAUCUCCACUAUGGCAAGGCCGUGAAGCUCUUCCAGCUGCUCACGGAUGCUCCGUGUGAGCUGCUGCGGGUACAGCUCGAGAGGGUGGCCUUCGCCGAGUUCCAGAUGGCAAGUCAGAACAGCAGUGCGGGGAAAUUGAAGACCUUGUCUGGUGCCCUAGACAUAAUGGUGAAAUCUGAGCAUGCGUUCCAGUUGAUCAGAAAGGAGCUCAGCGAUGAGUGUGACCAGGUCAAGAGUGAGGAGAGCGGCCUGGCCCCCGACCCCUCAGCCACAAGCCUCCACCGAGAAGAGGUCAUGAAGCUGCUCAGCAUCUUUGAGUCGCGCCUGGCCUUCCUCCUGCUGCAGUCCAUCAAGCUGCUGUCUUUAGCCAAGAAGAAAGUGAGCAGUCACUCUGAGGACGAGGAGGCCCUGCUCAAGACCAGCAAGCAGGUGUACUCCCAGCUCCUGCGGGCCACCGCCGGCCAGCAUGCCACCCUCCUGGAGAGAAUCAACGUGAUCCUCCACCUGAUGGGCCAGCUCUCGGCCGGCAAGGAGGCCGGAGAAGCCACGCCACCGCCCCCCUGAGCGGCCGGCUGGCCCAUGGCAGAGCGUGAUCAGUGCCUUGUAACCAUGGGGGGCUGGGGCUGGCCGUCCGUCUGGCCGUCCAUGUGGUGCUUCGUUUCAUUGAUGAUGAGGGAGAUGCCGCAUCCUGACCGCAAGGGAAGGACAGGGAGGCCUUUGCCCUCCUUCCAGGACAGGCAGACUCUGACGUGGUUGGGCGGGGUUGGUGCUUGAGGCGCUGCCCGGAGGCCUGGACGGGCUCGUGAUCCUGAGACUCUGAGCGCUCUCCCGCGGCUGGGUGAGCCGGGGCCCGGUGGGUGGGAGGGAGAGGUGGUUAACCUCGGAUCCGAGCGGCAUUCCCAGAGGACGUCCAGGAGCUGCCCACGGAGCCCUGAGAGUUGUGACCGUGCACAAACAGGUGCCUUUUUGAGCUUCGAGACAGGAGUCUUCAAACACAGUUUGGCUCUUGGGCGGUUCGCUUGAGUAUCUCACGCUCCGGAAGUCUUAGUGCUACUCUGACCUACUAUGGCAGUUGAUCAAGAAAGAAGAUGCUAUUAUCCCUCUUUUCUUUUUGAACUUGAAACUGUGAAUAAAAGGCGAGAAAGAUAUUUUAAAUAAAUAAAUGUAUUUAUUAAAAAUAGAUGCAUCCA